GUGACAUCGCCGAGCCACGGACUGUGACAUCGCCGAGCCACGGACUGUGACCUCGCAUCCUCGCUGCUUAUCUCCGGGCGCCGGCAGAGCCUGGCUCAGCCUGGCUCGUGCCUGGACUCCUGCCGAGCAGCCUGCGAGGCGUGGACGUCAGAGCGAGGCUUCUCCUGGUGCUGGGUGGUGCUUUGGGGGCUGCUGGUGGCAGCUCUCGCUCCCAUCCCAGAGCCAUCCCCCGUGUUUCCCCAGCCCUGCCUGCUUCAGGCAGCCGGGCACCGCGGCACACACUUGCAGCAGCGGAGUGCUCAAGCCCUUUGGCAGCACCGGGACCAGCCAGGGGAAGCAGCUGUUGCUCCUCAGCUCUCCCCAACCCGCUGCACAGCACAACCAUGGCCAGCGAGACAGCGUGGAGCUGCCCCAUCUGCCGGGAAGCUCGCAAGGCCGUCACCUUCGUGCAGCCCUGCCGGCACCAGUUCUGCGUGGGCUGCAUCCUGCGCUGGGCUAAGAGGACAUCAACUUGCCCACUCUGCAGAGGCCAGAUGGAGGAGAUCGAGAUCUCUGUGCAGGGAGAUGACUGCCUGUGUGUCGGCAUGUCCCCUGCACAGCCAGCCCUGGCCAGCACCCAGGCAAGCGCAGCUCCCAGCCGCCCGGUCAGCAGCAGCCGCUCUGGCCCCGCGGCGUCCCCUCUGUUCUUUGUCAUGGGGACGCCGUUCCCGGAAGAGCAGGGGGCUGUGGAGACGGAGGACACGGCGGCCGUGGACGGGCUCCUGCCCCAGGUCUGGGCAGGGCUUUUCCGGCAACACCAGCACCUCCUGGAGCCCGUGCUGCCCUGGCUCAGCCUGCAGCUGGACGUCAUCUAUGAGGAGCAGUGGUGGCUGGCGGUGGCAACACGGAGGAUGAUCCUGUACACCCUGUGCUGCCACGGGCUGGACGAGGAGGCCCUGGUCCAGUGCAUGGAGCCCCAGCUCCAGGAAAAUGCAGCACCGCUGGUGCGUGGCCUCAUCCAGGUCAUCGUGGAGCGCUGCAGCGAGGACGCCUGGAGGCUGCUGUGCUCCUACGGGGCCGAGGAGGAGGACUACGGCCGCGCAACCAGCCCCAGCCCCAGCAGCUCCCACGUGGGGACUCCCGACCCCAGGCUGGCCCCCACCAGCCCUGCGGGCUCCGACGUGGAGGAUGAAGCCAGCACGUCGGAGGCCGCCCUGCGCAGGGCUCCCAGCUGCCUUCCAUCUGCGCCCGGGCCUGCGCAGCAGGAGCAGCCCCAGCAGGAGCCGGGGCAGGUGGCGCCUACAGGACCCUCUGCCCAGGGCUGCAGCCGCAGCCCCUCCGCUGCCUGCCAGGGCACGGACCCCUUGCCCAGGGGGCCCCGGCGCCCCCCAAAGAGGAGGAACCCCGGCCCCCAGGACUCUCCCCAGCCCCGCAAGAGGCCGCCGCGCCGGAGGCACUAGCGGGGUUCCAGCUUCCAGUAGUGGAAGCAAAAGCAAAUAAACUUCUGUUUCCUUGACACAGUCUCUGGGUGCUGCUUUCUCCCCCUUCUCCUGGGGCCUUUCCCUGCCCCCGCGCCAACCGUGGCUGGCACCUGCCUGCUGGGGGGCACGGCCAUGGGUCCCCACAGCCCCAGGGCCAUGUGGGUGGUGCCAACUCCCCAGGAAACCCUGAUGCAGACACACACCUACAGCGAGGGCAGAGCAGGUGUGAAGUGCCUACAAACCCCAUUACACGCACAGAGGAGCCACAGGGAUGGUGAAAUCUCUCUAUCUCUCUCUUUUCUUUCCUUCCUUCCUUCCUUCCUUCCUUCCUUCCUUCCUUUCUUCCUUUCUUCCUUCCUUCCCUCCUCCCUUCCUUCCUUCCUUCCUUCCUUCCUUCCUUUCUUCCUUUCUCCCUUCCAUCCCUCCUUCCUUCCUUCCUUCCUUUCUCUGUUUCUCUCCUUCUCUCUCUCUUUCUUCCUUUUCAUUUGCCAAUUAGGCAAACUGCAAAAUAAAUGCCUUUAUUUAAUGGAUCCUAACUAUUGUGUGUACUCUUUUCCAACCAAGGGGACCGAAGAACCUGAGUCACCUCUGC